AUGUGUGCGAGCUCCUUCUCUCAUCUCUUUCUCGCUCCUCUAGACAUCUACAAUAACGCUCACUCAGCCGCACACAUCCUCGGCUGCAGCAUAAGGCGAGCGCCGUCCAUCGUCGCAGCGCGCAAGGGGUCGCCAGACCGAGCUUGGUGGACAAGGCCGAGCGCCCACCCCCUCAUGCUCGGCAGUAUAGUAUCUCGCGCAUCUGGCAUCGCAUCUGACAUCUUAUCAUCUGGUCUCUACAGCAAUAAAUCGGCCGAGGCGGCAUCUUCUAUCCAGAACGGCCGCACGGUGAAGCCUGCGAAUAACCAGAGACAGACGAGGAAUUCUCUUGCGGCGGCUGGAAUGGAAGACGACUGGCAGGCGGCACAAUAUGAGCGAGAGCAGGCGAGUCCAGGACCUUCUCGCCCGAGACGCGGCGAAAAUCAAGCAUCGGAUGGCGACGAUAUCGUGGCAGUUGGCGGGCGCAAAACCAGAGGGACAGGUAGUGGGUCGAAAGCGCGUGCGCCUUUAGUUGCCGCUGCCGGGAAACCACAAAAGAACGGUGGCAAUAACGGCUACAGCCCGUAUACUGCGGGUUCAACAAAGACGGCCACCUCGGGCCAAGCAAAGACACAGCGGCGAGCCGACCAGGAGUACGAUCUGGUGGUUUCGCAACAGCACACAUUCAAGCCCGUUCCGGCAGAUCGAAUGUACGGUACCAGUGACGCUCGUCACAUGUAUCCCAGAGAUACGUCGCGCCAGGUCCUGCAUGAGGACCGCCGUCGGGUCUCGCGUGACGCCCAGAACGAUCGGCGAAGCUCAGUCGAGGCCGACGAUGCCUGGUUCGCCGAACAACGCCAAAUGAAGGCGUCAGGUUCAAACCAGCAGCGGGCUGGCAGAGCUCCGGCCCAUCGUGAGCUCAACGAUCACCGACCUAAGGCCAAUAACAACCAGGACCGGAAGGCAGCCAGGAAAUCAACACCUUCGGGCCGACACGCUGCGUCAGAGCAGGCGGACUCUCCGACCAUGUCCGGCGAGAGCCGGUCGGCUAGCCCCGUCAAGCGCAAGCUGCAGAAUGGCGACCACAUUACUGUCAUCAGUGAUGGAGAAGACGAGGCGCAUCCGGUGGCGCGGUCAGUCACGACGAAGAGGCCCAGGAACUUGGGAGCCGACGAGUCUGUCGCUCCGAUAGGGCAGACCAAGGGGGAGAAGGGCAAAGCACGCGCCGGACGGGAUGCUGUCGGCCUCGCCCAACAGACUCUCGACAAGGCAGCAAAGCAGAAGCCUACACCGCGGGGUAAAGCCGUCAAACCGGCAAUUCCCUCAUCCGGGAUCUCAGCUGCGUCCUCGGUCAAUGUCCGACAAUCCUUUCUGUCCAUGCAACCGGUGGUCGACCUCCGCAUGACCAGCUUAUGCUGGAAUCCGAAGACCCUGGACUGCUUCAUACGAUGUACAGACCCGGAGCAAAAGUUGGACCUUCCCAUGCGGCAUCUUGUUGGCAAAGUUUCAUGUUACUGCGAAGAGUCUGAAGCGCCAUACCUGCAUCUCUGCUUUGACACUGGCGACGUUUCCGACUUUCGGAGGCAAUUGGAAUUACUAUACGAUGUCAGUCUCAAUCAACCUACUAUCGAUAUCAGACUGUUCCUGUUCAAGGGCCAACCGACUGGGAUCUUCGUCGGCGAAAUUGCCAGAAGUCUCACUGGCGAAAGGAAGAUGCCCGUCACAAAAUCCGUAAGCGUGAGGGUAAUCCUGGCCCAGCUCCAGUCAGAGGUAUCGGCAGGAUGGGCUGCUGGGAAUGAAGCGAAGAAGCGCGCGGACGCGGCGGACAGACGACGCAAUCAACCACGCCAAUCGGAACCAGCUGCCCCGCUGGAAAGAUCCGCCGAUACGAACGGUACAAAAGGCAACAAGAAGGGCAAGCCGCUGAAGAAGAUCAACCUGGAUGACAAUCAGAGUACGCUGCAAUUUGGCAAAGAGACUCGGGCGAACACUCGCAAGACGGACGCCGAGCCAAUCGACGUGCCAGGCUCCCCGGAGAAGACCAAGCCCGCUGCAGUAGGCUCGCGGAAGUCUUUGCGUCAGCGCGACAAGGCACAAACGGCCGCUGCUGCUUACGAGGUCUCAGAUGAUGAGAUGUUCGAACCCGCCCCAGUUGUCGUCCCCGCGCCCGCUCUGCCUCGGCCAGAAAACUGGAACGGAGUUCUGUUCCCAUACCCUCUUCAAGGUCGUGCCGAUAUCAACAUCACCGAGGGCGACAAGUGGCGAGUCGCGGCAGGGGACUUCUUGAAUGACACGCUCAUCGAGUUUGGCUUGAAGUAUGUGCUGUCGGAAUUGAGAGCGCAGCCAGGCGGCGUCGAUAUCGACAAAGAUGUGUACCUCUUCAACUCGUUCUUUUACGAGAAGUUAUCUCUGCCAGCCAAGCCGGGAACGAAGAAUGAUGUGUCUUGGGCGGCGUACACCUCUGUCAGAAAGUGGACCAAAUCGGCGAACGUGUUUGACAAGAAGUAUCUGAUAAUCCCGAUCAAUGAGAACGCUCAUUGGUAUCUCGCUGUCAUCUUCAACCCAGGCGGUAUUCUCCGGCCCCAUGAGCCGCCUGCCAAAACUCCCGCAACCGACGCCCUCGUUGAUGUUCCAGACGCCGCGCAACUUCCUUUUGUGACAGCCGAAGAGGUCGAGACCGUGAAAGCGGACAUCGCCAAAGCCAGCGAGGACGCCAGGGCGGAUACGAGAUCGUCGUCGACCAGAGGGGUGGAGGACAGGGAGCAGGUCGAGAUGAUCAUCCCUGCGGUCGACACGUCGACCGAGAUCACCGAAAUCACGGAUUCGCCUGGUCCUUCCGCCAGAACCAGGAGAUCCGGCAGGCUGUCCGAGUCGGCCGCGAGCGUGACUUCUACGUCACCGGUAUUAGGAGCGAUCGCUCGCCUUGCCGGACUCACGCAUUCGAACGAUGUCAGCGCGGAUCCCCUCGAUUCAAUCCCUCGCCUAAGCGGAAUGGCAGCUAGCCCGUCAGCCCAAUCGUCUCAAGCACCAUCUCAGGGGCCGGGACGAAAGAGGAUCAAUCGGGCACGGUGCAAGCCAGAUGAUAGCGCUACCUCCUCGGCCUCUGUCCAUGCCCCGUCUCGGUCCCAACGGCCCAUGGACAUCUCGGCUAGCCCGGACCCAAAACCUAUCGUGUCGCUUACUUUGCAAAAUUAUGCGCUUCAGAACGGCUUUGUCGAUUCUGUCGCGCCGGCAAAGGAGCAGGAGGAGGAGGUGGCGGCGGCGGUGGAGGAGGUGGAGAAGGAAGCGGACCCAGCACGGCCGGCAGCACCCGCCAAAACUGCUGCGAAGCCAAAAGAAAGGACCAACAUCUGGGAUGGGGAAGAUGCCUGGAUUUUCACCUUUGACUCGCUAGGAGGGAAACAUCCGCCGGUGUACACUUGCCUGAAGAGGUGGUUGGAGCACGAGGCGAAGGAUAAGAAGCAGAUAGACUAUGUGCCCACGCCUGCCAGGUACAAGGAAGCCAGAGUUCCCCAGCAGCCCAACUUCAGCGACUGCGGGCUAUAUCUCAUCCACUACGUCGAGCACUUGUUGAAGGAACCGGAAGGCAAAGUCCGCCUCAUAGAGGAGCCUAUACCGGGGGGUCACGGCGCCGAAAAGACCAAAUGGCUCAGCAGGAUCGACCAGGUCUGGAACGAGGCGGACACCCGGACUCUCCGAGAGCAGUGGACCAAGAAGAUCGACGUCCUCAAGGAGCAAAGAGACAAAGACCGGGCGGCUCUCCUCCCUGCGACACCGGCCGCGCCCGGUGCGAGCGGUGCGGCCGAUGCAGAGGAGGAGGACCAUAUGGAGAUCAUGCCGGCUAGCCAGUCCGUCAAGGCGCUGAGUCAAGCGCCGGCUGUCGACAAGGCAAAGGCGGAGGCAGUUGCGGAGCUGGAGCCGGAGCCGGAGCAGGUGGCGGAGGAGGAGGCGGUCGCCCCCGCGGACCCAGCCGAGGAUGUCGAGAUGGGGGAAGAGGAGACCUGCGGGCCUGACGAUGACUUCAACGACGCGGAGAUUCAACACCCCAGCGCCCUCUUCGCUCCCAACUCUUUUGACAACCUCCAUCUCGGCGAAGACGAUCCAAUGGAGGGUCCCAUGUCCGCCCAUUCCCCGGGAUCUCCCUUCGGAGAUGACGAUGACGGAUAUCAUUCGCAAUCGGAAUCGGAGCUGGCCAAGCAUCUCAAGCUCGCGAAGGAGGAAACCGUCGGCCUUGUUGACUAUGUUAGUCGCGAGAACUCCGCAGCAGCCGGCAACCCGGGGCCGUCGGUCCAACCCGGUAUGGAUCCGAGGUUGCAGCAACCUAGCCACGGGCCCUUCACCGACCCUUCCCUGGCGGCGGACGUCCUUCAACUAUCCGCGGUCCCCGAGAAUCACGCUCCCGAACAAGAGGACGAGGAUGAGGACGGGAUGGGCGGCCUCAAUACACCGGAAGCCCCCAACCCCCAAUUACUGCCCUCGCUUUCUCGCCCCAGGGAGACUUCACCGGUCCCUGGCGGUCUGCCGACCCGAACGGACAGUAUCUUGAAGCAGAGGCGAAGCGAAGAGCGCCAUCAGGCGGCUCUAAGAUCGUCACCGCGGCCAUCGGAUCAGCGCAACAUCUCGAAUGGACACAGAGCCAUUUCAGUCUCGAGCGGGUCGGCAGUCUCGAGCGGGUCGUAUGAAGUCCAGGAGGAGGUGGAAUAUCGAACGGAGGGGAAUCCGACGGGGAGAGAAAAGUCGAGGGACCCAGAGCGGCACGAGGGAGACUCGAGGCGAAGCGUAAAGGGGAAAGGGCGGGAAGCGAAGGAGAGUUCGCCGGGGAGUCGAGGGACGGCAGAGAUGGACGCACCCUUCGGGACGAGCUUGGCGGAUUCGCCUCAGCUCAACACACCGUCCGGUCACCGCUCCGGGCGGGAAAAGCCAGGGCGCACAACUACGGCCCGAACAGAUCCCUCGGAAGCCUUCGACCCCCCGGCACCUCGUUUCACACCGUACGCGCCCAGAAGCGCUCCUCUCUUCUCUGCGGGCUGGAGAGCCAGGUCACCCUCGCCUAUCGGUCUCAACAAGCCGGAACCCCCUCGUCCGACACUCAGCCAGACGCUCGCGUCUGGUUCAAGCGGCCUCCGGAGAUCGCCCUCACCCGGUCCUUCCAACCCAGACCAAUCCACCCGACCCCGAUCCUUAUCCCCAGCGCUGACCGUGGAUGUUCCUCUGUAUCAACCCCGCCCGCCUCCAUCAGCUAAAAGAGCUUCACGUCCCUCCUCCAUGAAGGCGGAACCUGACCGGGCUGCCAGUCGGACCUCUCCGCGCAAAUCUACCGGGCGGGCUAAUCACCAAAUACCCAUCCUUCCCGCUGUCAACUUCAUGCAAUCCCUCCCUCUAUCUCCUCGCGGAUCAGGAUCGGCACUCCCACAUCGCUCCUCCCCUCUCAGCGACCUCCUCGCGCUAUCGCCGAAUGGAUCCCGCUCGUCCCCUGCAGCCGCGGCUACCCAAACGGCCGGCGCAAGUCAUCCUCCCCUUUCUCCGGAGCUGGAGGAACCGGAGGAGGAGCGCGAGCUUGACAAAUCCCCUUCAAACCUCCGGCCGAUGAAAGUUGUGACGACAUACCGCGGUCACGGCCCCAGGAAAUCCGCUCGACCCUCGCUGGCUUCAGCUACAGCCCGGGAAGAUGCGGUGGAUGUCCUUGGUUCGUCGGAGGAAUCGUCCGAUGAGGUCAGCGCAGCACCUCGCUCGGCUGCCUUGUCGGCCUCACCCCCACCCCCACGAAAACCUACUUCUGCCAAGGCUUCUUCGUCUAAACUGGUGUCGCUCAGGGUUUCACCUCCUCCUUCAUUGCAGCAGCUAUCGGUGCUGCAGAAGCGGAAGGCCGACAAGGAGGCAAAAUCCUCAUCGGCCUCGGCGGAGGCAUCCUCUUCGUCCGCAUCGAAAGUCAAACCACGAGCGUCGAGAGUAGCAGUGGUACUUCCUGCUAAGCGGCGGAAACCGGAUGACGAUGCCGCCUUUACACCAGCCGGCCGGGAUGAUGAAUCAUCCGCAGGAGAAACGGGAAGCGGAAGUGAGAGGAAGAAGAAGCAGAAGACUUCUGCCAAGCAGGAGAGGUCACAUGCGAAGGGAGGCGGGAAGGGUAACAAGGGGAAAGGAGUUGAUCGUGAAGCAGCGGGAGAGAAGGAGGAGGAAAUGGACGAGCUGGCGACGGAUGACUCCACUCGUUCCCCGGCGGAGAAGGUGACAUCCAAACACUUCGACCAAGCCUCUCGAGGACAGGCGGCCAACGGCAGCGCGCCGCGGUCGAGUAGAUCGUCGGCACGACCGAGCGGGACGCAGGACAAGCCGAUCAGUGUAUUGGAGGAUGAUUAG